AUGUUGGAAACCAAGAGCAUUAGUGCUUUGGCAUUUACUGAGACGCCGCGCAAGCGUAAAAGGGAAACAGGCGGCUGCGUGCCCCUUCCCCAGCCACAGCAGCAGCAGCAGCAACCCUUAACCAGUGACGCCAAGGUGCAGCAGGAAGCAGCUGCCGCCGUCACAACGUCAUGCUUCACCAACGCUGCCUUCAGUUCGACGCCUAAGAAGCUGAUUGGACGCCGUCGUUUGGCCAAAGAAAACAGCAAUCCGUUUCCCUCUUUGGAGUUCAAGUCCAUAGCGGAUUUGGCACAGCAGCAGCAUCAGCAGCAUCAGCAGCAUCAGAAGGAGCAGCAGCAAGCACCCACCAAUCCCUUCGAGGUGGUGCGGCAUCCCUGCAAGAAAAAGAAACGAGAAAUUGCGUGCUUUGAGAAUCCUGGCCUGAAUCUGGAACUGCCCGAAAAGCCAUUCAAUCCGUAUGAGGUGAUCCGUUGCGUUGCCACGCCCAACAAGGGCUUCGUCAAUGCCGCCCUCAAUGUCCGUGGCAGCGAUGCGCCCGCCUCGCGCAAUCCCUUCGAGAUCCAUCGCCAGAGCGAAAUCUCCGCUUUGGCCAGCAAUCCCGCAGGCGUGGCCAAUGCCGCCUUGGCCGAGGACCCGCUGCCCACUAGCCUGAAGAUCGGUCUGCCGUUUGUGCCCAAUGUGGGCUGUCGCAUCGACUUUCAUGGCAUGUCCCUGGCCCAAUUAACGCCCAGCAAGCUGCUCGCGGAGAAGCUUGUAUUUUCGCCAGUGCCGGGGCCAAAGCGUUCGCUGGGCGCCAUUAGCGAGGAGUCAUCCACCAUGGAUAUUGGCAAGGAGCUGGAUCGCUACCAAUUGGAGCUGGAGAACAGCAUCAACGAGGCAAAGCUGCGCAAGAAGGGUCUCCUGGUGGAGUCGGAGGAGACGCAGGAGACCUUGACGCAGUUGGUGCAGGAGCGCCAGGAGGGAGUCGAAGUGGAGCGCCAUCUUAUAUGCACCAGAAGGCGCACUCUGACGGAGAUUAGCGAACUGCCAGAGAUGGAAGAACAAGAAGAGGAGCAGGAGCUGCAGCAGCAGGAGGAGAAGGAAAAGGACCCCGAGCCAGAUGCAGUUGAAGGCGAUGUAGCCUAUGCCUCAGAAUCAGACGAGGAGGACUUCAAGGCCCCUGCCCGAUUUGUGCGCGCCUAUCGCCCGGCAGCGCAGCUUAAGGCCGCCAGCAAGGAGUCCCUCCAGUCGAUUGGCUCCAGCAAAUCCGGUAAAUCCCUGGACAAACCACCAUCCAGCCAUGGAAUGAAGAAUAUGAUACGCAAAUCGAUACGCCGCCUCAUGCAUCCCAUGGAGAGUAGCAGCGCUACGAGCACGAGCACUUCCCCGGAGAAGCCGCACAACAACAUCAUGCACACUAUUCGUCACAGCCUGCGACGGCGGCCACAGAAGGAGCCGCUGCAGGAGGAGCUACAUCCAGCGGAUAUCUCCAUUGUGGACAGCAGCGAGCGGACAAUGAAGCUCAGGUCGAGCAUACCACAAACGGAGUACAUGACCAUCGAGCAGCUGACGAACGAAAAAAAACACACGCUGCGGAAUAGCAUUCGUCGAUCGACACGGGAUGUGCUGCGGCAUGUGUUCCACAAGAGUCACGAUGCCUAUGCCACGGCCAAGUGAGGAGGAGAUCAACAUCAACCCAACCAAUCACCCAAUCAAUUUCAUUUAUUAGCCCUUAAGACCAUUGAAUUUCUAAUUGCACCCAAAGAACGUCAUACAAAAA